CCCGUUCCGUCCAUCCCAUCCCAUGCCCCCCAUGCUGCUUGUCGUGCCGCUUGCCUCGAGGGUUAUUAGGAGGGUAGUGGAUUAGGUCUAUCGGGUCAAGGCCUGACCGCACCAUACUUUUUGGAUUUCGCUUAGUCUCAUCCUCUAUUCCUCUAUCGCUCAUUAGCUAGAUCUGCGCACACGCUCAUCUCACCGUAUCUUUAAUAAAUUCUUAGCGUUUCACCUCCAUCGUACUAGCUUUCGUCGGGAGCUUAGGUAUUGGUGCACGAUGAGCGAUCGGCGGCCGAUCAGUUUAGAGGAGGGAUGGGAGCAGAUGCGGAGGGGCAUCGACAAGCUGGAGAAGUUUCUGGAGGGCGUGCCGGACCAGCGGUUCACGCACGAAGAGUACAUCAACCUCUACACAAUUAUUUACAACAUGUGCACGCAGAAGCAUCCUCAAGACUACUCGCAGCAGCUCUACGAUAAAUACCGCGGGGCCUUCGAAGAUUACAUCCGAGCCAUGGUGCUGCCGUCGCUGCAGGAGAAGCACGACGAGUUCAUGCUAAAGGAGCUGGUGCGGCGCUGGGACAACCACAAGCUCAUGGUGCGCUGGCUCUCGCGCUUCUUCAACUACCUGGACCGCUACUACAUCCCGCGCCGUCAGCUGCCCACGCUCAAGGAAGUCGGCCUCUCCUGCUUCAAGGACCUUGUGUACGAGGAGAUCCGGAUAAGCGUCAAGGACGCCGUGCUCGACCUGGUGAACAAGGAGCGGGAGGGCGAGCAGAUCAACCGCGCGGGGCUGAAGAACGUGCUGGGGAUCUUCGUGGAGAUCGGCAUGGACACCAUGGACAACUACGAGCAGGACUUCGAGGUCUUCAUGCUGCACGCCACGUCCGCCUACUACUCGCGCAAGGCCGCGUCGUGGAUCAUGGAGGACUCCUGCCCCGACUACCUGCUCAAGGCGGAGGAGUGUCUGAAGAGGGAGAAGGAACGGGUGUCGCACUAUCUGCACGCGUCCAGUGAAGGCAAGCUGCUCGAGAAGGUGCAGCACGAGCUGUUGACUCAGUACGAGCAGCAGCUGCUAGAGAAGGAGCACUCGGGCUGCCGCGCUCUGCUGCAGGACGACAAGGUGGACGACUUGUCGCGCAUGUACCGUCUGUUCUGCCGCAUCCCCAAGGGCCUGGAGCCCAUCGCCACCAUCUUCCGCCAGCACGUGACUGAUGAGGGCACAGCGCUGGUGAAGCAGGCAGAGGAUGCUGCCAGCAACAAGAAGGCGGAGAAGAAGGACAUAGUCGGCGCGCAGGAGCAGGCGUUCGUGCGCAAGGUCAUAGAGCUGCACGACAAGUACCUGCAAUACGUCAGCCACUGCUUCCUCAACCACUCGCUCUUCCACAAGGCGCUGAAGGAGGCGUUUGAGACGUUUUGCAACAAGGGCGUGGGCGGCAGCACGAGUGCGGAGCUGCUGGCGACGUUCUGCGACAACCUGCUCAAGAAGGGCGGCAGCGAGAAGCUCAGCGACGAGGCCAUCGAGGACACGCUCGAGAAGGUGGUGAAGCUCCUUGCGUACAUCAGUGAUAAGGAUCUGUUUGCCGAGUUUUACCGCAAGAAACUGGCGCGGCGUCUGCUGUUUGACAAGAGUGCCAACGACGACCACGAGCGCAGCAUCCUCACCAAGCUCAAGCAGCAGUGCGGCGGCCAGUUCACCUCCAAGAUGGAGGGCAUGGUGACGGACCUGACGCUGGCGCGGGAGCAGCAGGCGGCGUUUGAGGAGUACCUGGCGGACAACCCCGGCAACAGCCCAGGCAUCGACCUCACCGUCACCGUGCUCACCACUGGCUUCUGGCCCUCCUACAAGUCCUCUGACCUUGCCCUGCCCGCUGAAAUGGUGCGGUGUGUGGAGGUGUUCAAGGAGUUUUACCAGACGAAGACGAAGCACCGCAAGCUGACGUGGAUCUACUCGCUGGGCACGUGCAACGUGACGGGCAAGUUCACAGCGAAGCCCAUCGAGCUCAUCGUCACGACCUACCAGGCGGCCGUGCUGCUGCUGUUCAACGCGUCGGAGCGCCUGAGCUACAGCGACAUCAAGAACCAGCUGAACCUGACGGACGAGGACAUAGUGCGGCUGCUGCACUCGCUGUCGUGCGCCAAGUACAAGAUCCUCCUCAAGGAGCCCGCCGGCAAGACCAUCGACCACAGCGACGUCUUCGCCUUCAACCCCGCCUUCACCGACAAGAUGAGGCGCAUCAAGGUGCCGCUGCCGCCCAUGGACGAGAAGAAGAAGGUGAUUGAGGAUGUGGACAAGGACCGGCGGUACGCCAUAGACGCAUCCAUCGUGCGCAUCAUGAAGAGCCGCAAGGUGCUGGGCCACCAGCAGCUCGUGCUCGAAUGCGUUGAGCAACUAGGCCGCAUGUUCAAGCCGGACUUUAAGGUGAUAAAGAAGCGCAUCGAGGACCUCAUUGCGCGCGAGUACCUGGAGCGCGACAAGGACAACCCCAACAACUUCAGAUACCUCGCCUGAUCGCCGAUCGCGCCUGCUUGCCUGCAUGGGGCCUGCCAACCAAGGAGUGGCUCAUGUCAGCACCGCAGCCAUUACAGCAUUCUUUUGCCCCCCCCCCCCCCCCCCCCCCCCCCCGACGCCACUGCUGUCUCGUGUUGGAAUGAGAGUUGCUGGGAAGGCCUUCGCAACAUGUCCUCCACGCAAAACUUUGCCACUGUCUUGAAUCUUUAGAUGUUUUGUAGCAUAGCCAGUGCCAUACUUGGUCUACAUUGUAGUUCCCUCAUCUCCAUUCACUCCUGAUUGUAUAAAACCAUGACAUUCUGAACAAUUUCGAUU